AAAAGGAAUAAUCACUACUAACAAAAAGUAGCAGUAAUUCAAAGAUAUAAAUACUAAAAAAAUCUCUAUAUAGAUUUACAAUUAAAAACCAUAUUGCAGGUAAAACUAACACUACGAAAGUUUAAUACCCCAUGCAUAGCAUAGCAAACUCUAGCAAACAUGAUUCUAUUUCCAUGUUUAAUAUAAAGAGUCAUUAAGAGCUAAUGGGAAUAAAAAGAGAUGUAGAUUAUGAUUUUUAACAUCAAUAUUAGAAUGAUAAUUAUAAUUAAACUAAUUAUGGAGGAAUUUUUAAAGGGGAGAAAAUUGAUCCUAAAAUAAAUAACAGCGAAUUACUUAUAAAUUCAAUGAUAGAAGAAUAAAUUCACAAAAACAAUAGCAAUAACUAAAGCCAAUAUAAUAAUAACAUGCAAGAGUUAUAGAGUCCUGUAACUUUUAAAGAAUUCACUAUUAUUUCUCCUUAAAAUACUAAAGACUAGAUAGUUAGUAAAUAUUAGUAAAGCUAUUAAGAAGAUAUCACCAAUAGCUAUUAAAAUAAAGAUGCGAUAAAGGUAUUGGAUUCUUAGAAUGAUUUCAAUAUAAAAAGUAAUGAAAACUUAAACCAUUUAAGCAAUAUAGAACUUAAAAAUAAAAGUAGUUUUGAAGAAUAAACUCAUGAGUACUAGAGUGAAAAAACAAAAGACUUUCAUUUAUAGGGUUAAUUUAAUUCGAAAUUGUAAAAUAGAACUUCUUUAAUUAAUAAUCACAUAGGCAUCUCAUCUCCAUUUAAAUAAGAUAACUAAUCAUAAUUAAAUGGAAAAUUUAUUUAUAGUUUUUAAAAUGAACCAACAGAUGAAAUGAGUAACUAAAAUUUGCAUUUGGCUCAGAGAAUGUCAAGAAAUCCUUCAUUUAGAAUUGAUCAUAAUUCUAUGGUUGGAAGCUAAAAACUGUUAAAUAAAAAUCAUGCUUCGAAUAUGAAUAUAGGAUAAUUGAGUGAAACUUAGCAUCAUUAAAAAUCAGAAUAUAAAAAAAAUAGCAUUACAACCACUUAAAAUACAAAAAAUAUACAAAAAUAAUCUAAUAUUUAUAUCCUUUCCAUCCUUUGUUUGCGUGUCAUUAAAUUUGCUAAAAAUUUGUUUUAUUUUUCCUAAAGAUAGCAGUUCAAGCUAUUGAAUUAGAUGAAAAUUAAAAUAAUUGGUGAUUCUGCUUCAUUCUAUAAGUACUUCUACUACUCUGGAUAACUAAAAUAGAAACCAUCUAUACUUGAAGUAGUCAAAUAUAAAUUGAAGCAGUUUGUUUCAAUAAGAAAACUAAAUUCUUUAAUAAGUCGCUGUCUAUGUUCUAAGACUGAGGUUUAAUUCCUUCCCGACUUCGAUGAAGGCUCAAAAGCUAAGAUAAUUUGGGAUAUCUUUUUAUUGCUUGUAACAAUAUUCAACAUAUUUACUUCUCCUCUUCGUCAUUCAUUUGAAGCCUAUCAAGACAGUUUGUUAACGACUAACUUUAUUAGCACAGUCUUUGCUUUAGACAUAUUACUAUAAUUUAGGACAAGCUACUUUGAAAAUGGACUGAUAAUCUCGAAGAAAAGCAUGAUUGUAAUGAACUAUUUAAAAGGGAAAUUUAUAUAUGAUUUUUUAGGGCUAAUUAUAUUUAUAUUUUCAUAUACUUUUGAAGAUCUACUAUUUAUGAGUUAUCUAAUGAUUUACAGAUUUAUAUCUGUUCGUAAGAUAUUUAAUGAUAUGGAAAAUAAAUUUUAGCUGAGAGAAAAAGGACUGGCUUAUAGCACAUUUUUUUAAUUAAUUUUAAGUAUCCUACUGGUCUCACACUAUUCUGCAUCUAUUUUCCAUUAUUUAGCACAAGUCCAGCACUAAAAUGGAGUAGAAUAGACUUGGCUGAUACUUUAAACCACAUAUGAUAGCCCAUGGUUAGAAAGGUAUAUUAUUAGCUUGUACUGGAGUGUUAUUACUAUUAUAACUAUAGGGUAUGGAGACAUCACUCCUAGGACAAUACUUGAAAGAGCCUAUGUAAUAGUUUUUGCUUUUGUUGGUUGUGGAUUAUUUGGGUAUUGUAUUAACGUAAUCGGAGAAUAAGUAAGAGAAAUAGGAAGAGAGAAAUCUAUAUUUAAAAGAAAAUCUGCUAAGCUAAAUAAAUUUAUGCAUAUGAGAGCACUUAACAAAGACUUACAAUAAAAAGUUAGAAAAUAUUAUGAAUACUUAUUUUAAGAGGAGAUGAAUGAAGACGAAGAAGGAUCUAAUGUAUUUAAUAAUCUUACAUCGCUUCUCAAAAAAUAAGUUUGGAUAGAUGUCUAUGGCAAAUUGCUUUAACAAAAUAAGAUUUUUUCUACUAAUUUUUCUAACGAAUUCAUAAAUAUGCUCUCCCUGAAGGUUAAAGAGAAAAAAUUUGGGCCUGAAGAAUAUAUAUUUGUUAAUGGAGACUCUGCAAAUUAUAUUUUUAUCAUAAUAUCUGGAGAAGUUGAUCAGUAUUUACAAAGAGAAACAAUAGGAGAUUAGUACGAAUCCCUUCCUACUUUGCAUUUCAUAAACUCUUAUAAGAAAGGAGAUAUGUUUGGUUAGUUAGAAUUUUUUUCUUAAACAAAGAGAAAAUCAACAUUAAAAACUAAAUGUGUAACUUCAGUUGCUUAUUUGAAUUACACUGAUUUUAUAGAAACUCUUGAUAAAUUCGAAUUAGAUAAGGAAGUUUACUAUUAGAUAAAAGAUUAGAUAAACAUAUACAAAAAUUAUAGCAAUAUAGAUCUUAAAUGUCCCAUAUGCUCAGAGUAUCGCCAUAAAACGCAUGAGUGUAACUCAAUUAACUUUAUUCUAUAUAAAGAAAAGUUAAUUGAUUUAGCAUAAAAAUCAGAGAUUUAAAAUCGUUAAGACAAAUCUAUAGUAAGUAAGGAAAAAAUGGAGUACUAGAAAAAGAAUAAAACUUCACACUCUUUUAGAAUGAUUGAAACAUGUAAAGAGAUUCCAUUAAGAAGAGGGGCAUAAAAAAAAAUAGCAUAAGAUAAAUAUAAUGCAUAUGUCAAUAAUUUUGAAGUCAAAACUUAAGGUUUUAAGAUUAUAGUUGAUAUAUUAGCAGAACAAAUCAAGGAGACCUUAUCUAAAGAGGAAGAAGAAACCAUUCUGCAAUAACAGUUUGGUAGUUCAGAAAUAAAGGAGGCUGAGAGCUAAAUACAAGAUGAUAAAAAUCCUUAAUAACAAGAAGAAAUAUCUGUUAGCGAAGAAUAACAGGAGGAAGGAUCUAGCUUUUAAAAUUCUAAGCCUCAUACAUUUUCGCAUAGUCACUUUUACAAUAAUCAAUAACAACAUAUCAAUAAUUUAGAAAGGCGAAGAAGCAGUUUUUUUUCAUAAAAGCAAAUUCACGAAGAAGUAAUUGCUGAAUAAGAAGAAAGUCUGUAAAAUAUGACUUCAUUAAAUAGAGAUAGUAGAAAGUGCAAAACUGUGGUUCUUUUACCUAAAUCUUCUCAAAAAAGUUUACAACACUAAGAUUCCGAUAGGAGAAUUUAGAUUUGCAGAAGCUAGCAAAAAAUAGAUUACACUUAUGCUCUACAGUCUGAUGUUAAUCCUUUUUACAUUCCAUAAGCUUAUGUUGCAGAUGAAAUAUUUAAUUUUCCUGAAGACAUUGUUACUAUGGUUUGCGGAAAAAAUUAGAAGACAGUUCAAUUUUAAGGAUCUCCAACAAGAUUUUAAAACUAAAUAUCAGGAAAUUCAAUAUAUAAUAAGCAGUAAUCUAAAAAUUCAGAUUUAAAUUCUUAGGUUAGCAGCUCAAAUAGCAGUAUAUCUCCAACAAUAUUUUAACCUUUAUCAUUAAGGCACAUUGAUUCUAAGGUUCAAUAUCCUAAUUUCAACUCUUCGAGUUAUUCCAAUUCCAAUAGUUUUAAUAUUCCUUCUCAGUUUCCUAUCAGUCCUGUUGGUUCACAAUAUAAGAAUUUUAGCUAAAAUAUCAAUAACUCAGCUAAUCUGAAUCCAAUUAAUGUCAUACGCACAAGCACAACUUACAGCCUAAGCCCUUCUAAUACAAAUUGCUAAACAAAUCCUAAUUCUAUAAAUUCAUUUGGUAAUGCUAUAAUAAACUUAAGUGCUUAACAGCAGCAGUAAAUAUAGGACUAUAACUAAAUGAUUACAUAAAACCCCUUUGCUGCAUAAUAUAACUAACCUAACUCUCCAUAUAGCAAUCGUUUAGGAACUUAUGGAAUAUAUCUACCAGCACUAUAAUAGUUAGAACCUAUCAAUGAAAUGUAAUCUAAAGAAAUUAUAAGUUCGAGUUCAGAAGAAAAUAACGAAGAAGAUAUCACACCAGCAAGAAAAUCUGAUAAGGGAAGCAAAAUUUUAUCAAAUUAACCUCUCCCUAAUGGUCGCAGGUAGAGCAAAGAGCCAUCAAUAAAACUGCAUGUAAAGUAAAAAGAUUAAUAAUCUACAGGUAAUUCUCAGUUUAUAGGAAGUAACGGAACAAUAGGAUAUCAUCAUAUGGAAGCUAUAUCUCCUAUGAAAAUUUAGUAGCCUCCUUCAUAGGAAUCUAUACAAAUAUAAAGAGGCUUUAGCUCUGAAUAAGAUACUACUAACUAAGAUGAUAAAAUGUAAACAAAUACAUUAAACUAUAAAUCGAGAAUACCAUCUUCUCAACAUGUUUAAUUUGCCGAAGAUGAAGAUGAAAUACUAUAAAAUAAUAGCGGAGGAACUUUAAAUAACUAGAAUACACUUUAGACCUUUGAACAAGCUUAAUAAAAUAUUAAAAAUAGUUAAAAAUAAAAAAAAAGUAAAAGAUCAAAUCACAAACCUUCUAAAUUUUCUAAUAACCAAUAUACUUAUAACUCUUUUGUGAGUCAAAUGUCAUAAUUAAAUUAAUAAAAAGCGAAUAUUUAGAAUCUAAACGAGCAACAAAAAAAUGUUUUAUUUACAAGAAGCUUAUCAUAAUAAAAUUUAAACUAAAUCAAUAAUGCUACUAAUAAUAUUAAUAACAUUUUUAAUCAACACUAAAAUACUAACUUUCAAGGAAGUGGCACUGUCUUAAAUAGUAUUAAUGGUAAUAAUAAUAUGAAUAAUAAUAUACUUAAUAAUGCUGUGGCUAAUUUCUAAUAAUAGCUACUAGGAGCUAAUAAUGGAUUAUCUAGUUAAUUUUCUUGGUAAUAUGAUCCUUCUAGUCUCUAUUCAAAGUUAAUGUCAAGACAAAGCAUUCAAAUGAAGUUCAAAAAAGACUAAGAUUUUUGUGCCUUGAUUUAUAAGAAAAGAAUUAAUCUUAAAGGCAUUGAUAACAUUUAUGAAGAAGUUUACAAUAACUUUGAUGUGAUGAGGAAUUAUACUGUUUACUUCUGGCAUAAUAAUUUUUCUUACAUAUCACAAAUAAACAAAUAAAAAUUCUUUAGGAAAAAGUAUCACUCUUCACUAGCUACCACAAAGCUUAGAAAGUAAUCAAAAACAAAUGAAACUAACUAAAAUAAAAAUACAAAUAGAACAUCUGUAUAAUUUCAUCUGACUAGGGCAAACACAAAUCUAAUUUAAUAAUAAAGUACUAUUAGAACAACAAAUAGAUUAUCUUAAGGUUCAAUAUUUUAAAAUCCUUAAUUAUUAUAUGAUAAUAAAUUUGGAAAAAAUAAAAUAAUAAACAUAUGAAAUCUUAUUCAAAUAAAUUCAUUUUUACCCAAUAAUUAAUUGUUUUCUCAAAAAAAUCACCUAAUUUAAAUAGAGGAUUUAAGUUAAAGUUUUAAUUUUCAAAUACAUAUAUUUUUAAAUAAAAUUUGUAUUAUUUGUACUAUUUUUAAUCCUAUAAAUAAAAUAUAACCAAUUGUAUAGGUAAAAAUAG